AUGACAACCAAUUCUAUAACUAGUUGGUUUCAACGGUUAGCACGACGUGAUCAUUCACAAUACUUGCCAGUGACAAACAAUGAUACCGUCGUAAACCGUCUUCCUGGAGGGUUCCCCAAUGAAGACAUAGGGAUUGAAGAAGGUAGAAGCAAAAGCAAUCAAUGGUGGCCAAAGAUCCAAGAUUCCAUGGUUAAUGGUAGUCGAUGGAUUAACUAUAUAAUUAUUAAAGUGUUCAUCAUUACAACAUUGAUUGUUGUUCGAAGUAUCAGUAUACUUUUCAAUGUGAUGUAUUUCAAAGAUCAUUAUCCUCGACCAAGAUCAGCAAGCAGUCCAACUAAUUAUGAUCCUAUUGAUAAAGCCAAUAAGUUUGUACGGGAAUUAGAGGAUCAACUUCUGCCAGAUUUAUUAAACGUGGAUCCUUCUAUCCGGUUACCACCAUUCUAUCAAGGAAGUUAUUCACAAGCACUUUAUAUGGCAACUCAAAGAGGGAAGUUUUUAUUUGUUUAUUUAUCGACUUUACAGAAUGAGAAUGGAUCAUCUAUUUUCAAUAAGAUUAUAACCAAUGGAGAAUUUAUUAAGAUGAUAAAGAAUACUCCCAAUGUUAUAAUUUGGGGAGGAUGUGUUACUGAUCUGGAAGCUUAUCAAGUAGCCAAUAGUUUGAAUGUGACCAAGUUCCCUUUUUUAGGACUUUUAUGUCUAACCAGAACAACCACCAUGUCACCACAAGGACCUGUGAAGACUCCCGCCAGAAUAUCAUUGGUGCUGAAGAUCCAAGGCAAUUUGAGAGAUCAAACGGAUAUUGAGAGCUUGAUUCGAAAUAAGUUUACUAAAAGAAUAGAGAAAUACGAGUCUGAAUUAUCACUCAUCCGGAAUGAGUUAAGCGAUAAGUUUAUGAGCCAAGUACUUUUGAAACAACAAGAUUUGAAAUAUCAGCAGUCUUUGGCACAAGAUCGAUUAAAGAAAAAGGAAAAGGAAUUUCAAAAGUUAAAGAAGAAAUAUUUACGUUAUAAAGCAGACACUUUCCUCAAGUUAAAAAAUAAUACUUGUGCAUCCAAUGGUGAUACAGCUCGUGUAGCGAUAAAAAUGUCUGAUGGUUCUAGACAAACGGUAUUUUUCCCUAGUCAUUUUAAAGUGGAGGAUGUGUUUCUCUAUGUGGAAUUAUUAAGUCAUGGAUUAUUAGAUGAAGAUACUCAUAAUAGUAUAGAUCUUGUCAUGAGUGAUGAAGAAGCCCAGCAAAUUUUCAAGGAUUUCAAAAUGAGAUAUGAAUUCAAACUUAAAUCUUCCGUUCCACCAUUUGCAGAUCUUAGUCAUCAGAUGAGUGAUGUUAUUAGUAGUGUUAAUUCCAUAUAUCCCAGUGGGUUAUUACUUAUGGAAGAAUAG